GUCCCAACACAUAUUGCUUUCGGAACUGACACAUGUUUGUACUGCUUUGGCUUUUGCUCAACGCAAAUAAUGCUCCGGAACUUACUUCUACAUGCUUCCCGCUUUCUGCACCGAACGCCGAACGCCAAAGACUGCUAUUCCAGUCUUGCUCUGCCCUCACCCUAUAAUUUUGCAUGUCGUCACGCUUCGCGAAACUGAGCACCUCGCUCGCUCCCGCGAUCAUUGCAACAUCAAUCGACCUUUCUGCACUCGCUUACUGACCCCGUACCCCUAUGUUUCCGCUUUCUUUGCUCGCAUCCAGCACCGGACUAUCACAAACGAAAGAGCUUAUCACCAGCAGCAGCAGCGACGGCCCCGCAGCCACAACCCAUCGGUCGCAGAGCAGCGGCAGCGACACUAUUGCGUCCGCUGCGGCGCUGGCUGGCGCCGGUGUCCUCAGCAGCCCUACCACUCCCCUCACAACAAGCGGUGGCGCUGCAGCGGCGGCGGCGGCAGCCAAGGGCGUCGCGGUGCCACCAGUAGCAGAGGCCGCCGCUGGCGGAGCCGUUGUGCUGCACGCGGAAGGCGAGGCGGCUGCAGCCGCCAACGGCGCCGGCUGCCACCAGAGCCAGCAGCCCUAUCCGAACGCCGCCACCGCCUCCGUUGCGGCCGCAGCGGCGCUUGUCGACCCAGAGCGCGGCGGCGCGGCGGGCGCGACGCAGCGCGCCCACAUGGUCCUAGGCCGCAGCAGCAGCAACCGCCGCAUGUCGGGCGCGCAGUCGUGGCUGCUGCGGUCCCACAACAGCGGCGGCGUGGCGGCGGCGGCGGCGUCUGCAUUGGCGGCGGCAGGCGGCGCAGACAGUGUCGGCGGCGUGCCGUUGCCGAGUGGCGCGCAGCGGCGCCCCAGCAUCGGUGCUCACGGCCACAUCAUUCCUGGUAACGCGGGCUGUGAUGAUGCUCGCGGCGGCGCCGCGGGGCUAAUGGCCCAGCUGCUGGACAGCGACGGCCGCGACGGCGUUGGCGAUGGCGGCGGCGGCGGCGGCCACGGUCGCAGCCCAGCGUUGCUGGGCCGCGGGCGCAGCUUCACCAACGGCUAUGGCCGCGGCCCGGUGGACUUGAGCACUGGCGGCGGCGCAGAGCUUGGCGCCGGCGUGGCCGCAUCAGCUCUCAGCUUCAGUGGCGGCGCCGGCGCCUUGUCACGCACGCUCAAGCCCACGGUACCGGCGCCGCUGCGCGGCGCGGCGUCCUUCACGCUCGGCAGCAGCACCCGGCCAGGCACUGCUGCGCGCGCCCGUGCUGCCGCCGAGCCGACCGUGAACCCGCCGCCACCGCCGCCACAGGUGCCGCCACAGGCUCCGCCGCAAGCUCAUGACGCCCAAGGCACAGGGUACGCAGCCGUGGAUCCGCCACCAGCUCUCUACGGCGUUGGUGGUGUCGGCAUGGAGGCGGCGUCGAAUGAGGAAGACGAGGCCGCUGACCAGGUUAGCGUGCUGCGCGGCGGGCGUGGCAGCGGCGGCGCUGGCAGCGGCGGCAGCGGCGGCGGCGGCAUGGCUGCUGGGGAGCAGGUGGAGCGGAGCUGGAGGUCGUUUACGAUGGGGCUGCGCAGGCACACGGCCAACGACGCCGGCUGCGACGGCGGCGCGGGGGGCCUGUCGGCCGCGGCCGCCAUCGGUGGCAGCUUCAAGGGCAGCUCCAGUUGCGUUGCCGGGCUGGGUGGAGCGCCUAUGCGUGUGCGCUUUGUGCCCGGCGCCGCUGACGAUGACGACGAGGAGCCGGCUGGGCAGACGCAGCUGCAGGCGGGGCGCGGCGGCUACGGCGUGCAUGCGGGGCUGGGCCGCGCCGCCAGUGCCCGCCGCAGCACCUAUUCCAAUGUGGUGAUGCCACAGCCUUAUGAGUCCAUGAGCGCACUGCCGCCUGGAGGCGCCCCGUUCCUGACGCAGCCGCCGCCACCGCCACCGCUCCAGUCUCGUACUGGCAACAGCCUCAGCAGCGGCAGGGCGGGCCAUGCCCAUUCUGGUACAUGCGACAGGGCCGCUGCCCCCGCCUCAGCCGCCACGGCUCCGGCGCAGGCGCUGCAGGUGCCCCCGCUAGCGCUGCGCGCACACAGCUUCCCCAACGCGCGGCGUUCGGGCGUGCUGAUAUCCGCCGCAGCCUCCGAGCUUGCCCGCAACAAUUCUCUGCUUCAGCCGCCAUCGCAACAACAGCAGCAGCAGCAGCAGCAGCAGCAGCAGCAGCAGCAGCAGGCUCGGGGGGCGGAGGGCCAAGGCGCGCCUCGUGGCACAGGCGAUGGCAGCGUUGGCGUCAGCGACAGCACCAGCAACAAUGCAGCGGCUCCGCUCUGCCAAAAUGAUCCUGAGCCUCGGCUGGCACCGGCGCCGCCGCCGGGCGGCAGCGCUGCAUCGGUGGUGCGCACGGGCUUGUUCGGGCAGCGCGAGCUCCCCGCGCGGUUCCUACGUGCUAGCAGCAGUAAGUCCAUGUCGGGUGCAAAUGGAGCACCGGCGGCCGCGACCCCGGCGCCUCCGCCGCCGGCGCAGCAGAAGGCUAAAUGGCGCGAGGCGCUGGUGCCGGUCGGCGCCCCGCCGCGCAGCGACCGCGUGUCAGGCGAGGACGUGUUUCGCAUCAUGCGCACGACUGCCAGAUGGAUUGGUGGAGGUGGCGCAAUGUUGCCGUCUGAGAAGUGAAGGCAUGGUGCAUGUUGCUGGUGGGAGGGGACACGAAUGCGCCACUACAGGAAGGGGGGCCGUGCACCGAAUGCCGUGUUCGCUGGUUGUUGCUCGCGUGUGUGUGACUUUGCUGUGACUCAUUCAUGGUCGGCAAUAUUGACACCAUCAGCGAUCCGCAUGUGACGGGCGUUACGGAUGCGACGACUGCCUUUCGUGCUUGCUAUGAUUUCAAAUGGCUCUGCCAUGCAACCAAUUACUGUUCCUGCAUGAAUGCCAUAUUUGCCAUGAUGUGCAGUCCAUCCAAGGCCCUGGGGAGAUCACUCUCCGCUGGCGCCAGGGGCCAACCGAUCUUACUAAUUAGCAUGCCCCAGACACAGCUGUGCACAUUCAUUCCAUGCGUACAAGACACCCUCUAGGGCCAAGUGCUGCGUUGUGAGCCGCUGUGUGCAUUGAGCUCGUAUGUGUAUUGAGCUUACUUCCCACAUUCUUGAUAUUUUGCGCUUGAGGCUAGCCUUGUUGCGGCCGGUGCGCUUCGGAGUAUGCAUGCCUUUGCCAGGUAAGACCCAGGUCGCAAGCCCGCAAUCGGCGUGGCGCACCGCUGCAUGCCUCGGUGUCAUUGAAAUGCUUAAAUGCGAAAGCGAAGGUGUGGCUGUGUGUCCCGCCUUGUGGUGAAGGAGUUCGGUUCUUUAGAACUCUUAAAUGGGCACUAGGAUGCGACCGCAUGAAAGUUCCUGGUAAGGCUGCUGCAGGGGACACGUACCCCAAGACGUACCGUACUGUCCAUGGGUACAGCUGGAUCGGCUGUUCGAUGCGCAAUGUUCUUUCAGAGCCCGAAGCACGAGUCCUUGGUCUCUUCUGUUGACUGCUGUGUAUUCCAUGGCGUUCUAGGUCUGUGGUGGAUCCUGUAAAGGGUAAUCGACCCGGCGGAGCAGGGAUGUGUAAAGGAAGGUGUGCCCACGAGCGAAGGAUACCUGCGCUGGGAGGCCUUGUAGUCUGUCACGAGUGCUGAAUUGGGGUAUUUCAGCUUUUCUCGGGGGUCCUGAGGCGCAUGCAUCCGUUUUCGCACGGCCAACCAAGCUUGCGAUGGCUGAAAACGUGGAAUGGAGGAAUGGGCCCGCUAGGGACCAGAGGGCGGGAGUCAGGGUGUUAGCGCCGAGCACGAGGCAUGGGCACAUACUGGAAGUCGAGGCGACGGGGCAGUUGAGGCAACCCGCUAGCCCUUUUGACGAAGAUGAACCAUUAAUGCGUAUUGGAGAAGGCAACUCUGGGAAUGGGCUGGGCUAGCCGUUCAUGUGGAGGAGGAGUGAUAAACACCCCGUGUGAAGUGACGACGUCCAAGGGGGGAGGGCGGGGGAGGGCUUGCCUUGCUUGCUGCUCCCUGUGCGUUGCCUGCCGAGCUGCUCCUGUUCCAUCACCUAAUGGCAACAGACGAUCCCCAUUGACAUAGCUCCUGACUCCGUGCCUUUCAUCCCCAGGAAUGCAUGAGUUUGCACGGGCCCGCAGGGCGCAUCCAAAGCGUGAUGUGAAGCCGGUGAUGGCAAGUGAGCUGUUGCGGCCAAGUGAGGUUCAGCUCCAGGAGCUGUGUGUAAUGCAAUAAGUAG